GCACAGUUUUCGUUUGUUUUUCCGCGUGUUCGCACACGUAAAGGUUUGUCUUAUUCAGAUUUUGAUUCAGAUUCAGGGGUUGACCGAGCUCUAAGCUCUGAGAGCUGUUAGAGCACUCUGUUGGAUUGGCAUUGCAUGAGUUGUACUGAGAAAAAAAAAAGUCAAAGAAAAAGAACUCCUGUGCCUGUGCUAUUCCUUCUGCUGCUGCUACUGCUUCCUGCAUUGCUGCUCUUGCUCCUGGCCGUAAACGAACAGUUUAGAGAUUGUGGUGUGCAUAAAAUUGUCCUGUGGGAUGUUAUAGUCGCGUUUUGUUUUUCGCCGAUCAACGUGCAUCUAGAAAAUAGAGUUCCGUCUCCGUUUGAAAUUUUAAUUUUUGUCCUUUAAACAUAAAAACUUAAGUUAAAGGAAAAAAAAAACGGUUUUUGAAAAAUAUUUAAAAUCAGUGACGGUUAAAAUCUCAUCAUCAGAUUAACGUAUACACCAUCAUGAUUAUCAUCGAACGCGACAAGCAGUGACAUUUGACCAAAAAAAACAUUAACAACUUAAUUUUUGUUGGAUUUUGUGACAAAAAAAGGAAAUUUAAAAAAAUAUUAACAAUGUUGUUAACUUGGCUGAAAGUGAGUGACAUCAAAAUGUAAUUAAAAAAAUAAAAUAAAAUAAAAUAAAAUAAAAUGCAAAUCGAAAUUAAGUUAAACCUCAUUUCAAAAAGUGUCGUCAAUGCAAUGGUUAUAACGCUGUCGCUGCUGCUGGUAGGCUAAACGGCGGCGCUGUCGUCGUCGUGGUCUUGUUAACACACAAAAUCGACCAAUAUUCAAAACGGUUAAAUUUGUAUAUUGUCUCUUCCUUUAUACCUACUACUAUAUAAAUAUUCUGUAACGUUGAACGUUCCAAGGAUGACUUCGACGACACCGACAUCGACGACGGUGAGAAUAAUGACGAUAUUGUUAAUGUAUUGUUGUCCUACUUUGAGUGCAAAGGGAAUAAUGAUGCAUACACAAUACUGUGCAACUACUGACAACUGCAUGUGCGAAUAAUUACGAAAAAGGAUACAAAAGUCAGUUAACAACAACACUCUCUUCAAAAGAAAAUUAAAACGAGAAAGAAAACAAAAAAAUUGAUAUGUUAACCGCAUGAGUUUUCCAAGAUAUUUUUUUUUUUUUUUGAAAAUUCAAACAUAUAUAUUAUAAAUGACCGUUACGUAAUAAUUACCUAUAUUUGAGUGUAGAAUGUACAACACUGUAUAUAUCCACAUAGGCUUGGGGAUGAAAUAAACCUGACAGGGUGCAAUAGCAAUUUCCUGUGCAGUGCGACUCGUGAAACUUUACAAAAAUAACUUCUAUGAUUUGGAUUUCAAAUUUUUGUUAGUUAAUUGUUUUUAUUUUUGUUGAUUAAAUUUUAUUUGCAUAUUUCUCCCUCCCUACAAAUAAAAAGAGUACAAAUUUAAAAUUUAAAAUCUAUGUACAUAAAUUUGUCUAUGAAAAUGAAAUGCAAUGAGAGAAAAUGAAGAAAAAAGAUAAUUUUAUUUGGGAGUGUGAAUAAAAAAAAAAGUAGAAAAAUCGGGAAAAGAGAAAAUGGAUACAAGGGAAAUGCGGCUACCGAAGCUGCUGCUAGUGCUACUGCUGCUGCAACCAAAACUCUGCAACUUCAUACAAAAUAAAACGGAAAACGGAAACAGGAUUUUAGUGCUUCAAUAAUGGUGACGCAAUCGAUAUAGGAAUUCGUUUUUUCCUCUCGUCCCGUUCAAUUGUUGUCCUAAAAAUCGGUUUUUCUUCUGUUGUUUGUUGAAUGCAAAUGUGAAAAAGAUAAUAGAAAUAAAAAAAAAAUUAAUGGUGAAUUUUGAAAAUCUAAUUUGAAAAAAAUAUGAAUUUGGAAUUACAGUGAGAUUUUUUUUUUUUUCAAAAUCGAUCGCGUAAAAGGUCAUUCAUUUUUCAUAUAUUAAUUUUUUUAUUUUUUUAGAUACAAUAUAAUUGUAAAAACUUGAAUAAAAAAUAAAAGAUUUUAAGUGAACAUACAGAAAAAAAGAAAAUACUAAUAAAAAAUAUUUUAAAACAUAAAAGAAAAAAAGGAAACAAAAAAUAAAAAAAAGAUACAAAAAUGACGAAGAAAUGUUGCAAGUGAGAUAUAAACGGCAUAAAAGAAUGUUUUUUUUCUCUGUGUGAAAUUCGUUCGUCAAUUGAUGGAAAAUUGUGAAAGAGUGAGUGGCAAAUAAAAUUGUGUAAAAUUGACUUCAAAAUAUACAAAUUUUCAAUAAAACAUUUGGAUUUACAUUUAUAAACUAUGAGAGAUUGAAAAAUAGAAGAGUUAUUAAAAAAAACGGACCUGUGCUGCUGCAACACCAAAAGCCAUGGAUUGGACUCGGUGGCAGUUCACAUUCGUUUGGAGCACAUUUACAACAGGGAGUUUAAUGUGGCUGCCAAUAUGAGAAGCAGGACCGUCUGAUAUAAAACACAUUCAAACAUCAAUCAAUAUCUGUCAACCAAAUAAUUUAUGAACUUUGAACGUAAAACAAAAAACACUAACUGGAAGUUUUCAUGGCGCAGUGCUGGCUUCAAAAAGGAUUUUAAAAUUAUGUUAAAUUUUUAUAUUUUGGAAAAUAUCUCCACAUAAAUCUACACUACGCACAUAAACAACAACCAACAGGAAGAUACUCGAACUUUUACCAAAAAGUUAAAAUAAACAAAAACAAAAAUCAAUAAAACAACCAGAGAAGAAUAAUUUUCUUUUAUAAAUGGUUUAUCCUUGUGAGCCGGAAAUCAUAAAUCAAAAUCAAUGUUUAAGGAAACACCAACUAGUCGUGGUAGUUUCAGGUCUCUCAGAAGUGCCCCAUUGCUUAGCACUGUUAUAGAGAGUACCUUAUCGUUGACACGCAUCCAUCCGAUAACAGCUUUGGAAUUGCCGGGUGUUGAAUUCAAUGUUGAAACUGGACCCCUUAUUCGACAGCCAACUUUGAGAACAAUUUCGGGAUCCGUUCACGGACAACCGCCACCACAGCUCACAGGACCAACUACUGGUCGUUCGUCUCUACGUGUUCGAUCGGAAUACAAACGUAGUAUUCAGCAAAAAAGAACACUAUCACGUAAACUUAAACCCCAUCUAGUAGCUGAAGGUGUCAAAUCAUAUAUCAACAGGGCUCAAAACCCUAAAACUUCUUCGCAAGACCAGCAGCCUAACAUGGAGUUUUUACGAGGUGUCUAUGCGUUUAUGCAAGUGAGUAGAUCAUCGGUGUCUCAUGUUAAAAUCGACUCGCCUGUUUUUCGACUGCAUACAAAUGCAACUGUUAUACUGUUAAUAACAUUUUCAAUAGCUGUUACAACACGCCAAUACGUAGGAAAUCCAAUAGACUGCGUUCAUACGAGAGAUAUACCGGAAGAUGUUCUUAAUACAUAUUGUUGGAUUCAUUCAACGUACACAGUGGUGGAUGCUUUCAUGAAAAAGCAAGGUUCCGAGGUGCCUUUUCCUGGGGUUCAUAAUUCACAGGGACGUGGACCUCUUACAAUAAAACAUACAAAAUAUUACCAAUGGGUGGCGUUUACCCUAUUUUUUCAGGCCAUUUUAUUUUACACCCCAAGAUGGCUUUGGAAAUCUUGGGAAGGCGGAAAGAUUCACGCUCUCAUCAUGGACUUAGAUAUAGGAAUAUGCUCCGAAGCCGAAAAAAAGCAAAAAAAGAAAUUACUCUUAGAUUAUUUAUGGGAAAAUCUUAGAUAUCACAACUGGUGGGCCUACAGAUACUACGUGUGCGAAUUAUUAGCACUUAUAAAUGUGAUAGGUCAAAUGUUUCUUAUGAAUAAAUUUUUCGAUGGCGAAUUUAUGACAUUUGGCUUAGAUGUGAUAGCAUACAUGGAAGCCGAUCAGGAGGAUCGACUAGAUCCAAUGAUUUACAUCUUUCCCCGAAUGACCAAAUGUACAUUUUUUAAAUAUGGCUCAAGUGGGGAGGUGGAAAAACAUGACGCCAUAUGUAUUUUACCAUUGAAUGUUGUUAAUGAAAAAAUUUAUAUUUUCCUUUGGUUUUGGUUUAUAUUGUUAACGAUUUUAACAACACUUACACUUAUAUACAGGGUGGUUAUUAUAUUCUCGCCUCGUAUGAGAGUUUAUUUAUUUCGUAUGCGAUUUAGGUUAGUGCGUCGAGACGCUAUAGAAAUAAUUGUGCGGCGAUCGAAAAUGGGCGAUUGGUUUUUAUUAUACUUAUUAGGAGAAAAUAUAGACACCGUCAUAUUCCGCGAUGUUGUACAGGAUCUAGCGAAUCGAUUAGGACACAACCAACACCACAGGGUGCCUGGCCUCAAAGGUGAAAUUCAGGAUGCAUGAUAUUGGGAGUAUUAGAAAAAUACAAACAAACAAAAUACAUAAAAAUAGUUGUAACAACAAAAUUAAGUUCAUUGUAAAUUAUUACGUUUAAGGAAGAAAAAUAACAUUUUGUUUUUAUUUUCAUGUUAAUUUAUUUCUUAUAAAAUAAAUUAUGCAUUUAUUUAAGUAAAGCAAAUGCAUACGGAAAUGAUGAUACUGUGUUCAUGUGAGAGAUAAAAAUAAAUUUUAUAAAAAAUAAUUAAAAAUCAAUAAAAAAAUAAAUAAAAAAACAUCGACUAUGAAAAUACAAAAAAAAUAUAAAAAAGUAAUUGAAACGAAAUUUCGAACGAAUUCCAGAAUCUGCGAGUAAUUUUAUACAAAAAUUAAAUUUUAAAAUUUUCAGUUCUUAUUCAUAUAACAAAUAAAUAGGUACGCAUAUACCUAUUGAAAGUCUAGACAUGAACUAGGUAUUAAUAUCAGAAUAGUAUUAAAAAUUUAAAUAAUUAUGAUGGUACUAUUGGGGAGCAACUAUAAAAAUAACACACAAAAAUUCGAAUAUUUUGUUAGCAAAUCUCCGUCCAACGAGAUGAUGUUGAGGCAUAAAAUGGGUGACAUUUUCUUCUAAUUAUAUAAUUAUUAUUUCUAGUUUAUGUUUGUACAGAAAAAAUAAAUAAAUGUUUUGUUAAAAAAAGAAAUUGUAAUAAAACUAAUAAAAAAACACAAUAAUAAUAUUAAACUGCCAUUUUACAGAACCAUAUCAUACAAAUGUAUUUUUCUCCUCUUAUAAUUUUCAAGUCACCAUUUGCCAAGAAAUAAUACAAAUUGCAUAUUAUAUAAGAACCUCACCAUCUCCCAAAUGUAAAAACGAAUAAAAAUAAAAGUAAUUUGAUAUUUAUAUAAAUUUAAAUCUAUAUAUUUCGUCAACACUGCCAACAAAUAAAUUUUAUGAAAACUUAGGUAGAUUUAUCAACAAAAUAAACAAAAAGCCAGCCUAAGGAAGACAAAAAACAAAACCAAAAAACAAAAAAGGAGACAAAAAUGCAAUUUCCAAGUUGAGCCCUAAGAAUUUUUCCCCCCAAAAAGCUACCAUCAAAAUCCCCAAAAACUCAAUAUUGAUCUUAAAUUGAACAAAAAAAAAGAAUAUUUUACAAUUUUAUUUUCAUUGUAAAAAGUAAUAACGAUAUUAAAAAAUUUAAUAUAUUUAAUUAUUUUCAAUAUUUAAUUAAUUCAAACAAGAUUAGAUUCGUUCCUGAAAAUUUUACUCAUUACCCAUUCUUAAAUAAGUCCCAUUUUUUAUUUCAACACAAAUACAUAAUUAAUAUAUAAUUAAAGACGAACUAGAUAUUGAAAUUAAAAAUAUAUUAUUUAAAAAAAAUACCAUCAUAAUUAGAGCGAAUUGAUUUUUUUUAUAAAUAAACUAGUUAAAUAUAAAAUAAGAGUAAAUAAAAGAAAAGAAAAAAAAACAACAAACAUUAGUAAUAAAAAAUAAAAAAUUGCCAUUAGCUUUUAGUCAAUUUAAAAUACUGAAGUAGCGAAAUUAAAACAAAAAUCUAUUAACUAUAAGAAAAUAAAACAAACAUUGAAAAAUUAAAUAAAACUACAAAAAUAGAUAUGAUAGGCAAACAAAAAUUAUAUAUAAAAUAAAAAUAAAACUUUAUUUUCAAAGUUAAAAAUAAAAUAUAAAAAAUGUAAAUCAAAAGGAAAACAAAAAAUAAAAUCUUAAUUAAGAAACAAGAAAAAUACUAAUAGCAAUAUUUUCGACAACGAAAAUGAUAAGUCAAUAAUUCAGUUUAAUAAAUGAAAUAAAUUUAGAAAUUUAAAAAUAGGAGAAAUAAAAUUUAAGUAUAAUAAUAAUAAAUUACGGAUAAGAAUAUAUAUAAUUAAUAAUAAUAAUAUAAUAAAAAUCAGAUGCAAACAAAAAAAUAAUAUUGUAUUAGAAGACGUGUAUGAAUUCGAAUGCGAUGUAUGAAUUGAAAAUUUUUGUAUGAAAUUGUAAAAAAUAUUAUAAUAAAGUAAAAUAAAAAUAUCAAAUAAAAUAAGAUUUA